AUUAUAUUAUUUUUACCAUUUUAAUGUUUAAUGUAAGGGGGCUGGUGGUCCUAAUAAAAAAGGAAGUUAGCAAUAUUGAUUAAAUGUCCAGAAUUAGUACCACAGAUUAAGCACUGCAAAACCAGUGUAAAAUCUAGGCAAUUGAGGUUUUUGACAAAAGCAGAUAUAUGUCACUGCAGAUUUUUUUUCCAAAGGUAAAAUUAAACCAUUAAUUAUGUUGAGUAAGGUCUUUUGUGGUGAGCACUUCAGAACUGAAACAGCAUUUAAAUUACUUUGCAGUGUAUGCCAUAGAAUGAACACAAUGUUCGAUGCGUAGAUUUCGUUAUUUGAUUAAUAACAAGACGAGGCUUAAAUGAGAGAUUGCAGUUCUGGACAGCAAGAAUGAGUGAGGAAUGGUUCUGUCUGAUGCUAAUCUGAGAAGGUGGAGUUUUUCAGCACUCCAGUAAAAACAGCAGGGGAAAUAAAUUAUUUCUAGUCACUGCAUUUUAUGCCUGAUCAGUUCCCAGUUUUAGUCGGUGUUCUGACUGGAGGGAAGACGUUUGUCGCCUUAAAACAAAGUUAACAAUAAAAGACACGCCUUGAGGCACGUGGGAGGGAGCUGGAAAGUGGAAUGGAAUAUGCUCUGAGAAAGACGUGUGUGAAAGCUGUAUUGCAGCUUAUGAAGCUGGUGUAUUAGAAUGCAGUAGAAACAGCUGACAGCUGGCAGUUCCUACAGUUUCUGGCUUAUGACUUUCCCAACAGAAGCUCUCUAACAUUAAACUUGUAAUCUUUUUCCCACAGCAAAAGAAAACCCUCACUCACAAGAACCGGGUUUCUAGCAGAACAGCGUACGAAGAGGAUAAAGAUAUGGAUAAAAAACGAUGCUUUAACAUUUGGACUUUGUUCUUUCUGGUUGGAAUAUUCUCGUCAGAUCGUGUCCGUGGCUCUGUGGGGUUUUACCCAAGGUUUGCCCCAUUCUUUUUCCUCUGUACCCACCAUGGAGAGCUGGAGGGUGAUGGCGACCAGGGAGAGGUGUUGAUGUCACUUCAUAUUGCGGGAAACCCAGGGUAUUAUGUGCCUGGUCAAGAAUAUCAUGUGACUAUUUCCACAAGCACAUACUUUGAUGGCUUACUCGUGACUGGUCUCUACACAUCAACAAGCAUGAGCACUCCACAGAGGGUCAAUGGUCCUAGUUCAAUUGCUCUUGGGUUCAUGUCUGAUCAGCCAUUUGGAUCACAGUUCAUGUGCAGUGUUGUAGCAUCUCACGUCAGCCACCUUCCACAGACCAAUCUCAGCUUUGUCUGGAUUGCCCCACCUGCAGGAACAGGCUGCGUGAACUUCAUGGCCACUGCUACACAGAGGGGUCAAAUCAUAUUCAAGGAUGCGCUGGUUCAGCAGUUGUGUGAACAAGGAGCUCCCACUGAGUCUCCCCUACGGCCAAGGCUGGCUGAAAUCCACAAUGCCAAUGUGAUUCUCCGGGAUGAUUUUGAUUCCCAUCCUCAGUUGGAACUGAAUGAAGAGUUAUGGUUUGAAUGCAGCCAUUGUGUAGUGGGUGAUCAGUGCGGGAUCAUAAUGCAUGGCAAUGCGGUUACAUUCUGUGAACCAUAUGGUCCACGAGAGCUGACCACUGUUAUGCUGAAUACAACUACAGCAUCUGUUCUGCAGUUCUCCAUUGGUUCUGGCACAUGUCGCUAUAGUUACACCGAUCCCAGUAUUGCUGUCCUCUACUCCAAGAACUCCUCGGCCGAUUGGAUUGUUUUGGAAAGGAUCAGGGCUCCGUCCAACACCGACACUGUUAUCCACAUUGUCUACCUUCCUCAAGAUGCCAAAGGGGAAAAUAUCAGAUUUAAAUGGGCACAGGAUUAUCUCCAUGCAAGCCACGUAUAUGAGGCCUGCUGGGCCCUGGAUAACAUCCUGAUCAUCAAUGCUGCCCACAAGCAGUCACUCUUGGAAGAUAACCUGGAUCCAGUCGACACGGGCAACUGGCUUUUUUUCCCUGGAGCAACAGUGAAGCAUAGCUGUCAGUCUGAUGGUAACGCCAUGUAUUUCCAUGGGACAGAGGGCACUGAUUUUAACUUUGUAACAACCAGGGACAUUGAUCUGCAGACUGAAGGCAUUGUAACACAGUGGGUAGAAGAGUUUGAAAGUCAGCCUGCAGGCUGGGAGACAUCAGGAGCUGUCAUUGGCACAGAGUGCGGCGAGGUGGAAUCAGGCUCCUCUCUUGUCUUUCUCGAUGAAGGCAGUCGUGUUGCCUGCACGCCAUCUCUGGACACAACCAAUGGUGGAAACCUCAGGUUUUACUUCAGCAUGGGGGCUGGUUCAUGCAGUCCUGGAGAAUCACAUGAAAACGAUGUCAUACUCUAUGCCAUUGUUGAGGGCAGAAGGGAACAUAUUUUGGACUUGCUCCCUUUUUCAUCUUAUAGGAAAGCAGGUCUGGUUUCUGUUGUGAUCACACCAGAACUGCAGACAGCAGCUGCAAGGUUCUGCUUGAGACAGAAGAGUCACCAUGGGCUGAACAGGAACGUCUGGGCUGUCGACUACUUCCACAUUCUACCUGUGAUGCCACCAGCACCUUCUCACCUCGCAGAAUUCUCCAUCAACAUGGGCUGUGGAUCUCAUCAACCCGGCAACAGCAUCAGUUUGGGGUUUUCAACCAACCGUGGCCGUUCAUGGUCCCUGCUGCACAUGGAGUGUUUGCCUGAUCUCUGUGCCGGCCCACACUACCCCCACAGCUCUGUCUACUCUUCUGAAAAUUACAGUGGGUGGAGUCGCAUAACCAUUCCUCUCCCAUACGCAGCGCUUACCACUGGUACCAGGUUUCGCUGGAGUCAGAUGGGCUCCUCAGCAGGGAACAUGUGGGCGAUUGACAAUGUCUACAUUGGUCCAGCCUGUUACAAACUGUGCUCUGGUCGAGGUCGAUGUACUACUAAUGGAUGCAAAUGUGACCCAGGAUUUUCAGGGCCUGGAUGUGACAUGGCUUCCCAAACCUACCCUACCAUCAUUUCUGAGAGUUUCAGCAGCUCCCGGCUCUCUUCCUACCACAAUUUCCAUUCAAUCCGUGGUGCAGAACUUGGCUUUGGUUGUGGUGUCCUCUCUAGUGGCAAAGCUCUGGUGUUCAACAAAGAGGGAAGGCGUGAGCUCAUUACUUCUUUUCUUGACAGUACUUUAGCCAGAUUCCUCCAGUUCACUCUUCGCCUGGGUAGUAAAUAUGUUCUGAGCACAUGCAAGCCUCCAGACCAGCCAGGAGAAGGAGUUCUUCUGCACUUUUCAGCUGACAAUGGAAUUACAUGGAACCUGCUGCAACAUUAUUCCCACCUGAAUUACCACGAGCCACGAAUCAUCUCCGUGGACCUCCCGCAGAAUGCCCAGCGGUUAGGCAUCCAGUUCCGAUGGUGGCAACCCUAUCACUCUGGGCCUAAUGAGGAUGUGUGGGCAAUUGAUGAAAUUAGUAUGACCUCAAUCCUGUACAACAGCAUUAGUCUCAACUUCACCAAUCUAGUGGAUGUCACUCAGUCCCUAGGCUUCUACCUAGGAAAUGUCCAACCUUACUGUAACCAUGACUGGACCCUCAGUUUCACUGGAGAUUCCAAAACAACGCGCUACGUUGAAACCCAAUCCAUGCAAAUUGGGGCUUCCUACAUGCUGCAGUUCAACCUGGUGAUGGGCUGUGGAAAGCCUUUUGCACUGCACGUGGACAACCAAAUCAGCCUGGAGUAUUCCACCAACCAUGGCCUGACCUGGCAUCUUGUACUAGAGGAGUGCUUUCCCAGCAUGCCGAGUUGCCAAGAGUUCACUUCUGCCAGUGUUUAUCAUUCCUCAGAGUUCUCACAGUGGAAAAGAGUAACUGUGUCCCUGCAGCAGAAAACAUGGUCAAGUGCCACACGUUUCCGCUGGAGCCAGAACUAUUACAUGGUUCAAGAUGAAUGGGCAUUAGAUGAUAUUUAUAUUGGACAACAGUGUCCUGGGAUGUGUAAUGGCCAUGGCUGGUGUCACAACGGAUUAUGCAAUUGUGAUCCAGGUUAUCGUGGAUCUUCCUGUAAACCAGAGGUGAUGUUACCUUCAACGGUGACAUGCGACUUUGAGAAUGAGGCUGUGAUGAAGAAUGAUUGGCAGGAAGUGAUAGGAGGACAAAUUGUUAAACCCGAGGAAGGCUGUGGAAUCAUUUCUUCUGGAUCCUCUCUCUACUUCUCUGAGAAUGGAAAGAGGCAGCUGGUUAGCUGGGACCUGGACACCCAAUGGGUCGACUUUAUCCAGUUUUAUAUUCGGAUUGGAGGGAACACGGGAUCCUGUAACACGCCUGACAGCAGAGAGGAGGGCGUUUUGUUGCAGUACAGCAACAAUGGUGGCAUUACCUGGAACCUGCUGUCAGAAAUGUACUUCUCCGAUUUCAGUCAACCCAGAUUUGUUUAUUUUGAGAUUCCGGCCUUGGCGAAGACGACUUGUACAAGGUUCCGCUGGUGGCAGGCAGUUCAUUCCGGGGAAGGGUAUGACCAGUGGGCUAUUGAUGACAUCAUCAUUUUAUCUGAGCGGCAGAAACAAAUCAUCCCUGUCAUCACACCAACAAUACAACAGGACUAUACACCAUCUUAUGAUAUCCCGCAGAGCCAGCUGAGCAUUUGGCUGAUGUUAGCUAAUGAGGGGAUGGGCAGCAAUGAAACAUUCUGCUCCAUGACCCACUCAGCCAUGGUGUUUGCCAAAUCCGAUGGUGACCGGGUUGCUGUGACUCGAGACCUGACUCUGAAACCUGGAGACCUGCUUCAAUUCAAGCUGAACAUCGGGUGUGAGAGCCAGUUCAGCAUUGCUGCCCCGGUUCUGCUCCAAUACUCUCACGAUACUGGCAGAUCCUGGUCCUUGGUCAAAGAAGGUUGCUACCCUACAUCAGCCAGUGUCAAAGGCUGCGAGGGAAGUUCAAGAGAACUGAGGGAGUCAACAGUCUAUUACACAGGAGACUUUGAAACCUGGACAAGGAUCACAGUCAUUAUCCCAAGAUCUGUUACGUCCAGUAAGACUCGAUUCCGCUGGUUUCAGGAGACCAACACGCACAAGAGUGCAUCUGCCUUUGGCCUAGAUGAAGUUUACAUCUCUGAACCCUGCCCUAACUACUGCAGUGGACACGGUGACUGUAUCUCUGGGGUCUGCUUCUGUGACUUUGGUUACUCUGUUGAACAUGGAACCUGUGUACCGAACAUACCGAACCCCAGUGAAAUGACUGAUCGGUUUGAGGAUAAGCGGAGUCCUCUCUGGUUCAAGGUUACAGGAGGACAGGCUGGAAUUGGCUGUGGGAUACUGAAUGAUGGGAAUUCCCUCUACUUCACUGGCCCCGGUCGAAGAGAAGCCAGAACUGUCUGUCUUGACACGACAAACAUCAGAUUGGUGCAAUUUUAUAUCCGCAUUGGAAGUAAAAGCCUUGGAUCCUCCUGCAGCAAACCAAGAGCUCGAAAUGAAGGAAUUGUUGUCCAGUACACCAAUGAUAAUGGAGUGACCUGGCAUGUUUUGCGUGAGCUGGACUACAUGUCUUUCCUCCAGCCUCAGAAAAUAACAAUCGAACUGCUCCCCGAAGCCAAAACCAUCUCGACAACAUUCCGCUGGUGGCAGCCACAGCAUGGAAAGAUCAGUGCACAAUGGGCUUUGGAUGAUGUCUUGAUUGGAAUGAACGAUAGCUCACUUAGUGAUUUUCAGGAAACAUUUGAUGACUCCUCUGACUUGCAGCUCAAUUGGUAUCGCAUUCAAGGGGGCAAUCCAGAUAUGUAUUGUCUCUCGAAGGACACAGCACUGGUUUUUAAUCUGAAUAUUGGCAAGCCUCGGUUUGCAGAAACGUGGGAUUUCCAUGUUACUGCCUCCACGUUCCUGCAAUUUGAGCUCAAUAUAGGCUGCGGUGGUCAGUCGCCAGAUUCCUCCGGCAUCCACCUGCAGUACUCGCUCAACACAGGCAAAGACUGGCAUCUGGUGAAAGAAGAGUGUGUCCCCCCCACCAUUGGUUGUCUGCAUUACACGGAGAGCACGAUCUACACUGCACAGAGUUUCCAAAGCUGGAAACGUGUCACCGUCUACCUGUUUCCAGGAACCAUUUCCCCCAGGACCCGAUUCAGAUGGAUACAAACUGAAUACUCUUCUGGGACUGAUAAUUGGGCCAUUGAUAAUGUGAUCCUAGCCUCGGGGUGUCCCUGGAUGUGUUCUGGUCAUGGCAUUUGUGACAUGGGUCAUUGUGUGUGCGACAGUGGCUUUGGAGGCCGCAACUGUGUCCCCACUCUUCCAUUGCCGUCAAUCCUCAAAGAUGACUUUAAUGAGAAACCCCACCCUGACCUCUGGCCUGAGGUUCUUGGAGCAGAAAGGGGAAACUUAAAUGGGGAAAUUAUCAAAUCUGGAACAGCGCUGGAAUUCAACAGGGAUGGGCUGCGGAUGCUGGUGUCCCGGGACCUGGAAUGCACAAGCACCUUGUACAUUCAAUUCUCAUUCAAGUUCAUCACUAAAGGUGCUCCCGACCGCUCGCAUUCUGUUCUGCUGCAGUACUCCAUCAAUGGUGGCAUUACCUGGCAUUUGAUGGAUGAAUUAUACUUUCUUCAGACAACAGAGGUGCUCUUUAUUAAUGUCCCCUUUUGUUGGAAAUUCGUUCUAAUGUUUGUGGCCAAAGGAUGGAAGAAACUGGUUAUUUCUAUCCUGGGUGGAAACAUUGGUCGUUCGACUUUACUGGUUAUUCCCUAUUGGUCUAUACUAAAGGGAACCACGGAGGAAGACUCUGCCAUCGUCUUCGUGUCAAACAUGGUUGGGGAACAUUCCAUCACCACACGUGAUCUGGAUGUUAAUGAGAACACCAUCGUUCAGUUUCAGAUCAACGUUGGAUGUAACAUAGAUAGUUCAGCUUCUGACCCUAUUAGAUUGGAGUUCUCACGGGAUUUUGGAGCCACGUGGCACUUGCUCCUGCCUCUCUGCUACAGCAGUGGACACAUCAGCUCACUUUGUUCAACUGAGCUCCAUCCCAGCAGCACCUAUUAUGCUGGAACCACCCACGGCUGGAAGAGGAAGGUCAUCCAUUUUGGCAGGCUGCAUCUUUGCGGGUCAGUGCGGUUUCGCUGGUACCAGGGCUUCUACAGGCUAGGUUCUCAGCCAGUGACCUGGGCCAUUGAUAAUGUUUACAUCGGGCCCCAGUGUGAGGAGAUGUGUAACGGUCACGGUAGUUGCGUCGGUGGAACCCACUGCAUUUGUGAUGCCAGGUAUUCCGGGCCCACCUGCAAAAUCAGCUCCAAAAAUCCAGACUUCCUGAAGGGAGAUUUUAAAGGUCCAACAGACCCUGCAAGGUUUUUGGUGAUGAGUGGCGGCAAACCAUCCAGGAAAUGUGGUCUAAUGUCCAGUGGAAACAGCCUCUUCUUCAGUGAGGAGGGCCUACGCAUGCUGGUGACUGUUGACAUGGAUUUGUCAUACGCAAGGUUUGUGCAGUUCUUCCUGAGACUGGGCUGUGGCAAGGCAUCACCUGACCCCCGCAGCCAGCCAAUGCUGUUGCAGUACUCCAUGAAUGGAGGCCUGAGCUGGGGCGUGCUCCAGGAAUUCCUCUUCAGCAACUCCAGUAACGUGGGCCGAUACAUUGCUCUCGAGAUUCCAAUGAAGGCCCGCUCCUCCUCCACCCGACUUCGCUGGUGGCAGCCCUCUGAAGACGGACAUUUCUACAGCCCUUGGGCCAUUGAUGAGAUAGUGAUUGGAGGCAGCAUUCUGGGUGAAACGGUGAUUGAGGAUAACUUCAGCACUCUGGACAACAGGAAGUGGCUGCUCCACCCAGGAGGCACCAAGAUGCCGGUCUGCGGUUCGAGUGGGGAUGCGCUGGUGUUCAUCGAGAAAGCCUACACCCGCUAUGUUAUCUCCACUGACGUAGUCGUGAACGAAGAUUCUUUCUUGCAGUUUGACUUUGCUGCCUCCUGCUCCGUCACAGACUCAUGUUACGCUGUGGAGAUGCAGUAUUCCGUGGAUCUGGGACUGGCAUGGCAGCCUGUGCUGACUGACUGUCUCCCCAGCAACGUGGAGUGUAACAAGUACCACCUGCAGAAAGUCCUGGUGUCAGACACAUUCAACAAGUGGACCAGACUCACGCUGCCACUGCCACCCUACACCAGGUCCCAGGCCACUCGUUUCCGUUGGUAUCAACCCGCACCCUUUGAGAAGCAGCAGACAUGGGCCAUUGAUAAUGUGUACAUCGGGGACAGCUGUCUGGACAUGUGCUCUGGCCAUGGAAGGUGCUCACGCGGAUCCUGCAUCUGCGAUGAGGAGUGGGAUGGCACGUAUUGUGAUGAACCAAAGUCCAGUCUUCCCCGACAGCUUAAAGACAACUUCAACAGAUCCCCCUCCGGCAACAACUGGCUGAUGGUGAACGGAGGCAAACUCAGCACUGUCUGUGGAGUCGUGGCCUCAGGAAUGGCUCUUCAUUUUAGUGGAGGUUGCACACGUCAGCUGGUGACGGUAGAUCUGGACCUCACAGAUGCUGAAUUUAUUCAGUUUUACUUCAUGUACGGCUGCCUUAUUCCCCCAAACAAUCGCGAUCAGGGAGUCUUUCUGGAUUAUUCUGUCAAUGGAGGCAUCACAUGGAACAUCUUAAUGGAAAUCUUCUUCGACCAGUACAAUAAGCCUAGCUUUGUAAGUAUUCUCCUUCCAUAUGAGGCGAAAAUAGUUGGCACACGUUUCCGAUGGUGGCAACCAACCCAUGAUGGCCGUGACCAGAGCGACUGGGCCAUUGACAAUGUGUUGAUAGCUGGUUCAGCCAGUGAGAGAACCUUCAUGCUGGAUACGUUCAGCAGUACCCCUGUCCCACCACAUGACCGGAGCCCCGCUGACAGUGGUCCUGUGGGCAGGAUCAGCUUUGACCUGUUUCAGGAAAAAUCCACAGCUUACAAACCAAACAAGUACUGGAUGUUCCAUGAUGAGUGUUCUGUGGAGAGAUUCUGUGAUUCGCCUGAUGGAGUGAUGCUGUGUGGCAGCCAUGAUGGGCGGGAAGUCGAUGCAACGACCCACGACCUCACACCAAGCGAGGACUGGAUCGUGCAAUUUAAGAUUUCAGUGGGCUGCAAGACUACAGAAAAAGUCAUUCAGAAUCAGGUCCAUGUUCAGUAUUCGACUGACUUUGGAGUGAACUGGCGAUACCUGAUGCCACAGUGCCUCCUGGCUGACCCACAAUGUUCUGGUGAUAUCACUCAGCCCUCCGUGUUUUUCCCUGCCAAGGAAUGGAAAAGAGCCAUCUACCCGCUGCCUGACAAUCUGGUGGGCAACCCAGUGAGAUUCCGCUUCUAUCAGAAGUAUUCUGAUCUUCAGUGGGCCAUAGACAAUUUCUACGUGGGACCUUCCUGCCCAAACAAUUGUGGAGGCCAUGGAGACUGCCUGCACAAACAGUGCUACUGUGAUCCUGGCUUCACUGGGUCAAAUUGCUAUUUGAGUCACCCUCUAAAGACUUCAUUGAAAGAACGCUUUGAGCUUGAUGACAUUAAAUCAGAUACAUGGAUUUCUCUGGAUGGUGGAAAGGCUUGCACAGACUGCGGUGUUCUGGUGGAAGAUUUGCCCCUCUAUUUCAGUGGAGUAGGCAUGAGACAGGCAAUAACCAAGGACCUUGAUCUCAGGGGUACAAAGUUUGUGCAGUAUUGGGCCAGAAUUGGUAGUGAGAGCAACAUGACGACUUGUCACCAACCCAUCUGUCGGAAGGAGGGAGUUUUGUUGGACUAUUCAACUGAUGGAGGAAUGACCUGGAACAUGCUGCAUGAAAUGGAUUACCAGAAAUAUAUCUCUGUGCGCCAGGACUACGUGUUGCUCCCGGAGGAGGCCCACACCAACACCACCCGCCUGCGAUGGUGGCAGCCCUUUGUUGUUCAAAACAGUCUGAUGGUGGCGAGCACAGACCGUGCUCAGUGGGCACUGGACAACAUCCUGAUCGGAGGAUCUGAGAUCAACCCAAGUCAACUCAUGGAUUUCUUUGAUGAUGAAGGCAUUAACCACGAUGGGAACUGGAUGUUCUACCCCAAUGCAGUCCGUACAGCCGGUUUCUGUGGCAACCCCUCCUUCCAUCUGUACUGGCCUAAUAAAAAGAAAGAUAAGACGCAUAAUUUCCUGGCUUCACGGGAACUUAUUGUAGCACCCGGAUAUGUUCUGCAAUUCAGAAUUGUGGUUGGUUGUGAAGCUGAUUCCUGUGGGGAUCUCCAGCCUGUAUUGCUGGAGUACAGUAAAGAUCCAAGAAAGGACUCCUGGUCACUUGUCCAAACAGAGUGUCUUCCUUCUACAAGCAGCAACAUUGGCUGUUCUCCAUUCCAGUUCCAUGAGGCCAGCGUUUACACUUCUGUCAACUGCUCCACCUGGAAUCGGGUCACCAUCCAACUACCAGAUUACGUUGCAUCCAGCGCCACUCAGUUCCGAUGGAUUCAGAAGGAAGGCAACGCAGAGAAACAAAGCUGGGGAAUUGACAACGUCUACAUUGGUGAAUCCUGUCCUAAGCUCUGCAGUGGACACGGAUAUUGUAGAACUGGAACUGUCUGCAUUUGUGAUGAAGGUUAUCAAGGAGAUGACUGUUCUGUUCCAAUUAAUGACCUGCCCAGUUACAUCAAAGACAACUUUGAAUUGGCCCGCGUCAGAGAAACAAACUGGCAGGUGAUCCAGGGCGGUGCGAUUGGCAGUGGAUGUGGGCAGCUGGCACCCUAUGCCCACGGCGAGUCUCUGUACUUUAAUGGCUGUCAGAUGAGACAGGCUGUAACCAAACUUCUGGAUCUGACCAGGGCCAGCAAAAUCAUGUUUGUGCUGCAGAUCGGUAGCAUAUCGCAGACAGCAAGCUGCAAUAUUGACCUGACGAACCCCAACAUUGCAGACAAAGCCAUCCUGCUGCAGUACAGUUUGAAUGGAGGAAUUACAUGGCAUGUUAUUGCUCAGCACCAACCAAAGGAUUUCAUACAUGCCCAGAGGAUAUCUUACAACGUCCCACUAGAGGCACGAGUUAAGGGUGUACAACUAAGAUGGUGGCAACCACGUCACAAUGGAACAGGCCAUGAUCAAUGGGCUUUAGAUCACGUGGAGGUGGUCCUGACUCGUAAACAGAAUUACAUGAUGAACUUCUCAAGGCAACAUAUGCUCAGGCAUUACUACAGCAGAAGGCGAAGGUCCCUCAGACGAAACAUUUAAGUAAUUACAAUACAUCUCUGACCUGCUUCAUUAUUCCAAUAAACAAAGUACUGUUUUUAAUAAGGGGCCAAUAUCAGAUAUAGGAAAGUAAUGAAAUAAAUGAGUCUACAAGAUACAUAUUUUACACACUGUGAAUUGAUGAAUGAAGUGGCUUAUAUUCUGAAAUGUAUUGUCUUUUGCUCAUUUUUGUGGUUGUGUGUUAUGUGGUAUGUUGCAAUGUCAGUUACUGUGGCAGUAUUAUAAAUAAAUGUAAAAGUACAAUUUAAUUUGCAAUAUAUUUGUUCUUAUAGUCUCGUGGCACAAUGACACAAACAAUAUUGAAUGGUGCUCAUCACAUAUGAAUCUGUGUAAGUUAAAUAUGUUUAAUAUAAGAGGAUCUUAAAGUGGAAACUAAAACAAAGAGAAAGUAGAAUUCAAACUGAGCCAGUUAAAAGUAAAUUGAUAAUAGGAGUUUCACACCAUGUACAAAUGUGGAAUGCACUGUUCCAGAUGGCUAUAAAUGCAGAAUUAGUGUUCUAAAACAGUUAUUUACGUGAGAGUUUUAGGCAUAUAAAGAAUUAUAAAAAAGGCUUUAGAUAGAUCUGCCACAGUUAACAAAUUGUAAAUCAAAUGAUGAGAUGACUGUAUAAUCUUAAAUAGCAAACAACGGUUUUCUUUGCAUUCUAUUAUCAAUAAAUGUAACAAAACUAAAAAAAAAUUCCUAUGUUCAAAGAACUUCAGAGUUUGGGAAGUUAUUAAAACAUGUUGAAUUUUUUGUGAAACAAAGUAGUUUGCCUUUUAAAGCCUUCAACACCAUAGAAAUAACAGUGUGUUGCAGUUUAAAUGUGUAUAUCCUAGUUGGACAUUAAUAUUGGUUUUCAUGUAAAUCUUUAAUCUAGCUUUGUGUCCUCUGGCAGUAAUUUAAUGGUGAUGAUGCUUAUUCAGUAUGACAAAUUGUUGUUAAUUGUGUUAAUUUUUAACUUGUUUCUACUGAUUGAAAGCUGGGUCAUGUUUGUAACUUCUGAGUGAACUAGUGUUGUGGUGACCUAGCAUAGCUAUAACUGCAAUGUAACAUGAUCUAAAAUUAGGUAGAGUAACUUAAUAUAUCACAAUGUUAUUUACUGAGAUAGUCCAAAGUUACUUUCAAUAAACCAACUAUCACUGAUACCA